UUUAUAAAGCGGGAAAAUUUAUUUAUUAUUUUUUUUCUCAUCAACCUCGCCUAGGGUCAUAAUAGAGUUGUCAGAACAGCGAUGAGAAUUGAUUCAAACGUAUUCCAAAUGUUACGUAAAAAUUCGCGAAGGUUUCGCGCGUGCUGAUGAAUUCUCCUUAUCGUGAGUGCGCGACGAGACAUAACAAAUAAUGGAUCGAAAAACUUGAUGGACGUUUUAUUAGCAACAAUCAUUUACAUAUAUAUAUAUAUACAUUAAGUAGAGUGUUUUGAGAGUAAAGAAAUUUACUUUUUUUUAGAGUGACCAUGGCCCCCUUUGGAAAUUUAGCUAGGAAGCUAAAUUUGAUAUAUAUACCUGCCAGGUGUAAAUCAACAGCAUCAAGUAAUAUUGACUACAGUCGAGGGCCAAAAGAUGCCCUCAUGCAGAGGAUCAAGAAUGGUGAGUUGCUGAGAGAUGAGCAACAGGCCAAUGUGUGUGAUGCAUUGGGGAAGGUCUACAAUGAUAUUAAGGAUUAUAAACCUGUGGAGAAGGGGCUAUUCAGUGGACUAUUUGGAAAGAAAAAGAAAGGUCCCAAAGGGCUGUACAUCUAUGGGGCAGUCGGAGGUGGUAAAACUAUGCUGAUGGAUCUCUUCUACAAGUGCGUGACUAACGACGAUAAGAUGAGGGUGCAUUUCAAUGCGUUCAUGCUGAAUGUACACAAGGAGAUCCACGCCACAAAGCAAAGUUCAGCAGUACCAGAUCACGAGUUCAGGAAACCCAAGCGUUUCGAUCCAAUCCCGCCUGUCGUCAAGGUAAUCAGAGAUAAGGCAUGGCUGAUUUGCUUUGACGAAUUCCAAGUGACCGAUAUUGCCGACGCUAUGAUCUUAAAACGAUUGUUCACGCAAUUAUUUGAUAACGGGAUUGUAGUGGUUGCUACGAGCAACAGGCCACCGGAUGACCUGUACAAGAACGGACUGCAGAGGUCCAAUUUUAUACCAUUCAUUCAAGUGCUAAAAGAUUUCUGCAAUGUCAUUAAUCUGGACUCGGGCGUUGAUUACAGGUUGAAAGGUCAGGCGGGUCAGACGCACUAUUUCAUCCAGAACGAACACUCCAAAGAGGAUCCAGUUGAUACGCUGUUUAAAAUCCUGUGCGCCAAGGAGAACGAUGUUGUGAGACCACGUACGUUCACCAUACAAGGGAGAAACGUUGCGUUCAACAAGACCUGCGGAGAAGUACUAGACACCACGUUCGACGAACUCUGCGAUAGACCUUUGGGUGCUAUUGACUACUUGCAUCUAACACAAUUCUUUCACACGAUAAUCAUCAGGGAACUUCCUCAGCUGAGCUUAAGAAAGCGAUCUCAGACUAGGAGAUUCAUCACUCUGAUCGACGCUCUGUACGAUAACAGAGUCAGGGUCAUUGUCAGCGCGGAUGUUCCUUUGAGACAACUGUUUUCAUCGCAGCAGGAAGACCCGAACGCCGAUCCUUCUGAUGAACAUAGGAUGCUUAUGGACGACCUGAAACUGGGCAAAGGAGACGACAAUUUAAGGGCGAACGUAUUCACUGGUGACGAGGAAAUUUUCGCUUUCGAACGCACGGUCUCCAGACUUUCGGAGAUGCAAACUCAGGAAUACUGGGAUUCCAUAGAUAGAUAACGGAAUUUAUUUUUUAAACUUUAUUUAUAAUUUGUAAAUAGCCAAAUAAUUUAUUUUUAUAGAUAAUAUAUUCAGUUAAAUUUCGAAAUCAAGAAUGCUUGAUAUUAAGCUUAAGAAAAUCAGCAGCUGAAUGUAUUUUCAAUUUCAGUAC